AUGUCCGAAUUGCACUCGCAACAUCUCACCCUCAUCGACACGCACAUCACCGCCAUCCUGAUCGGCAUCGUCAUGUGCGAGAUCUUGUCGUUUGCAUCUUUCGACCUGCGUCUCAUCGCUGCGCUGAUUCGCAAGCGAAGCUUUCGACCCGUGCCUGCUGCCUAUCUCACUGCUCGCUUCACCACGCUGGUUGGCAUGUCGAUCCUCGCCGCCUUCACGCUCUCGUUUGCCGCGCAGAAGCCGCAAAGCGAGCUGGCACUGCACUGGGUGCGAGCCCUCGUGCUGCCCAUCAACUUUGCCUCGACAUCGGCGGUGCUGGGCUACCGAGCAUUGGUGUUGCACUUCAACCGACGACGAACCGUCUCGUGUGUAAUUCAUCUGCUCCUGUUGGUCGAGCUGGCGGGCGGGACCGGGUUCAUGACGCUUGCCGUGACGGAUCCUCACAAUCCGGCGAAGGAAUUCUCGUAUGGCUCAGGCCGCGUCUCGCUCGCCUGGACCACAGCCUCAGUAGCUGUGGCGCUCAUCAUCGAUGCGAUACUCAGCCUCCAGAUUGUCGUUCCGAUAUUGCGCGGCGGAGAGCUGCCGAGAAAGGGCGAAGUGACCCAUCUGCUUCUCUGCGACUCCAUCUCGUUCGGUGCCUUCAGCGUGGUUGCCAAGGCAGUGGCGAUCGGUUACACGCUAGGGGUAGGAGAAAAGGACGCCAACCCGUACCUGCCCAUCAGAAUCGAGGGUGUUGCGAGCACGAUUCUCGCGUGUAGGAUCUUCAGGGCGCAGGAGACCUCUCUGCAGAGACUGAGGGACGAGAAGGCGAGUCCGAGCUUGGGUGCCAUCGCAUUGGAAGAAUGUCGCAUGGCCGUGUCGAAAGAGGUUGGGCGCGUCAACGUCGUUCAGGAGGCAGCUCAACAGGGUGAUACCCAGCAACCGACAACAGAACCCGGACGGAUCUUGGCGAGCCUGGAUGAAGGAAGAGUCCCGUCGCACGAAAGAGGACAGCAGCAGACACCAUGUAUCCGCUCGUACGCAUGA